AUGGAAGAAGCCAAAAGCCAAAGUUUGGAAGAAGACUUUGAAGGACAGGCCACACAUACAGGACCCAAAGGAGUAAUCAAUGAUUGGAGAAAGUUUAAAUUAGAGAGUGAAGAUAGUGACUCAGUCCCACCGAGCAAGAAGGAGAUUCUCAGACAGAUGUCUUCUCCUCAGAGCAGGGACGACAAAGACUCAAGAGAUAGAUUUGGCAGAAAGAUGAGCAUUCAAGAAUACGAGCUAAUCCACCAAGACAUAGAAGAUGAAAACUGCCUUCGUAAAUACCGUAGACAGUGUAUGCAGGAUAUGCACCAGAAGCUGAGUUUUGGGCCUAGAUAUGGGUUUGUGUAUGAGCUGGAAACUGGGGAGCAAUUCCUGGAAACCAUUGAAAAGGAGCAGAAAAUCACCACAAUCGUUGUUCACAUCUAUGAAGACGGCAUUAAGGGCUGUGAUGCUCUAAACAGUAGCCUCGCAUGCCUUGCAGCCGAAUACCCUAUGGUCAAGUUUUGUAAAAUAAAAGCUUCUAAUACAGGUGCUGGCGACCGCUUUUCCACAGAUGUGCUCCCCACACUGCUUGUCUACAAAGGCGGGGAGCUCAUAAGCAAUUUUAUUAGUGUUGCUGACCAGUUUGCUGAAGAGUUUUUUGCUGGAGAUGUGGAGUCUUUCCUAAAUGAGUAUGGCUUACUACCUGAAAGAGAGAUACAUGCCCUAGAGCAGGCCAACGUGGAAGAAGAUACUGAAUAA